CCGCCGUCGUGUCGGGAUUGGAAUGUAAGAGAGUAACAAUCGGAACAACUGAGCAAAUGGUGAUUAGGAAGGAAGACGGGACUGAAUAACUCGGUUCAUGUGAUUUCCUGGACGAUCCGCCAGCGAUACGAGACGCACAAACUGCUCUAGCUGUUUUAUAAUCAUCCUCCUCCUCCUCAUCAUCCUCAUCAUCACCAUCUCUCUGCCUCGGUCCUGCGGUCCACAUGAAAGGAUUUACUUCUUGCGCGUGACGCUCGGACGGACGCUCGGAAAGGAAUAAGAGUAUAAUGCAGGGAUUCGUGAGGUUAGUGUGGUUAGGAUGAAGUGACCUCCACCUUUCGUAGAGUCUGUGAAGGAAUUAAUGGAGUUGAAGUGAGCGGAGGUGUGAGGAGAGCUGGAGUAACACAACGCGAUUUAAUCCUCUGUCGGUGUGUUAGUGGACUUCACAUCAUCAUCAUCAUCAUCAGUCGAUGAUCGGAUUAAAAGUAGCCCUGCGAAUGGAAGUUCAAAGAUAACGAGUGUGAGAUUUUAAUGGGAGAAGUAAAUCCGUGAGUAAUACACACCAGGUUUGUUUUUACAGCCCAGUCAGAUAUGGGGCGCUUUGAAAUGCUCCAACUAGACAGCCGAGGGAGAGUGAGGGAAUAGCCGGUAAAGUCGCCCACAUGCGCUGGAACAGCGGCUCGGCACGGGAUCGGUAUCCGAAGCAGAGGGAAGCUCAGGCGGCUCGGGAAUCCUGGCAGGCUGGAAGAUGGCGGAGCGGCGUGGCAGUAGCCGGAGGCGGUGAGAGCCAAACUUCGAGAUUUGUUCGCAGACGUUCGCAGGGCCCGGCUCUCAGGACCCAUGCAGGCCAAAAAGCGCUACCUGGUUUCGCUGCUCACCGGCGCCUUCCUGCUCCUGCUCUUUUACUUGGCGGGUGUCCCGGUGUCCACGGGCGGAAAGAGCCGGCAUGAGCGCAGCCGCCACGGCCACCGGCGCUCCGAGCAGCCGUGGCCACACUUCUCCGACCCCUUAAACUCCUUCAGUCCGUGGGACCAAACCGACACGGAGGAGUUCAAUAUCCACACGUCUCCCAGGCAGAAGCGGGAGGUGCACGCCAGCGUGUAUAAGGGCAAGCGCUGCCGCAUGGACUCGUGCUUCGACUUCUCGCUAUGUCGCCCGAACGGCUUCAAGGUGUACGUGUACCCGCAGCAGAAAGGCGAGAAGAUCUCCGAGAGCUACCAGAACAUUUUGGCUACUAUCGAGACCUCCCGCUUUUACACAUCCGACCCGAGCCAGGCGUGUAUCUUCGUGCUGAGUUUGGACACGUUAGACCGGGACCAGCUCUCCCCGCAUUACGUGCACAACCUGCGCGCAAAGGUGCAGAGCCUGCCGCUGUGGAACGACGGCAGGAACCACCUGAUCUUCAACUUGUACUCGGGCACCUGGCCGGACUACACGGAGGACCUGGGUUUUGACAUCGGCCAGGCCAUGUUAGCCAAGGCCAGCAUCAGCACAGAGACCUUUCGGCCACGCUUUGACGUGUCCAUCCCACUUUUCCCCAAGGAGCAUCCAAAAACUGGUGGUGAGAGGGGAUACCUCAAGUACAACACUAUCCCACCCUUUAGGAAGUAUAUGCUUGUGUUCAAGGGCAAGCGCUAUCUCACUGGGAUUGGCUCGGACACAAGGAACGCUUUGUAUCAUGUUCAUAAUGCAGAAGAUGUGGUUCUGCUGACCACAUGCAAACAUGGGAAAGACUGGCAGAAGCACAAGGAUGCACGCUGUGAUCGGGACAACGCAGAGUAUGACAAAUAUGACUACCGUGAAAUGCUUCACAACUCCACCUUCUGCCUGGUGCCACGAGGACGGAGAUUGGGCUCCUUUCGCUUCCUGGAAGCGUUGCAGGCAGCCUGUGUGCCCGUCAUGCUAAGUAAUGGUUGGGAGCUUCCCUUCUCCGAGGUCAUCAACUGGAACAUGGGCGCUGUGAUCGGAGACGAAAGGCUUCUGCUGCAGAUCCCCUCCACAGUGCGCUCCAUCCAUCAGGAUAAGAUCUUGGCUCUGAGGCAGCAGACUCAGUUCCUGUGGGAGGCCUACUUCUCAUCAGUGGAGAAGAUUGUACUUACCACCCUAGAAAUCAUUCAGGACCGGGUUCUGCAGCACACAUCACGCUCUAGUGUGAUGUGGAACACUCAUCCCGGAGGUCUCUUCACGCUGCCUCACUACUCCUCCUAUCUAGGUGACUUCCCCUUCUACUACGCUGGCCUGGGGAUCAAAACGUUCCCCAGGUUCACCGCGGUCAUCCAUGCCGUCACCCCACUGGUGUCUCAGUCUCAGCCCAUACUCAAGCUCCUGACAGCCGUGGCCAAGUCCCAGUACUGUGCUCAGAUUAUUGUAUUGUGGAAUUGUGACAAGCCCUUACCUGCCAAGCACCGAUGGCCUGCCACCUCCGUGCCCGUCAUAGUCAUCGAAGGAGAGAACAAGGUGAUGAGCAGUCGCUUUCUGCCUUAUGAGAGCAUCCUUACUGACGCUGUGCUGAGUCUGGAUGAAGACACAGUGCUCUCAACCACAGAGGUGGAUUUCGCCUUCACGGUUUGGCAAAGUUUUCCUGAGAGGAUUGUGGGAUACCCUGCCCGAAGUCACUUCUGGGACAGUAAUAAGGAGCGCUGGGGCUACACAUCCAAAUGGACCAACGAUUACUCUAUGGUUCUGACUGGAGCCGCCAUCUACCACAGAUAUUACCACUACCUAUACACCCACUUCCUGCCCAGCAGUCUAAAGAACAUGGUGGACCAGCUCGCUAACUGCGAGGACAUCCUGAUGAACUUCUUGGUGUCGGCCGUCACAAAGCUGCCACCCAUCAAAGUGACACAGAAGAAGCAGUACAAGGAGACCAUGAUGGGGCAGUCAUCCCGGGCGUCUCGCUGGGCAGAUCCCGACCACUUCGCCCAACGUCAGACCUGCAUGAACAAAUUCGCCAGCUGGUUUGGCUCUAUGCCUCUGGUCCAUUCGCAAAUGAGACUGGAUCCGGUUCUGUUUAAAGACCAGGUCUCCAUCCUCCGCAAGAAAUACAGGGAAAUUGAGCGCCUCUGACCAGACGAACGCCCCCUACUGAGCAUGCAGCAGGGGGCACUGGGAUACUCGGUGGAGAGCAGGAGGACGCAGGCACAGGAGUCUGCGGGUGUCACACCUCCACUUUCUUCCACGUAGUUGAACUAUUAGUGACUAGUCUGGCAGAAUGGGAGCACUCUCUGGGCUCUUUCAUACAUACACACCCAGACCACACUUUUGACCACAAGACUCAAAGAUUGUUUUGUUUUAUUUUUAUUAUUUUUAUUUUUUAACGAAUGCCGUCACGGACAGACGAUCCUUGCCAGCACAUGAGAGGAUAAUGGAGAAGGCAGGAGGGGACGCAUCAGUGUGUCUUCACACACAUCUACAUAUAAAGAUACAUCAGGAUCUGAACCACAACUCAUCAUCACACGAAGACCUGGAGAAUUGCUCGUUCGUACGUGUACACUUUACAUAUCUUAUAACAGUUGCUAAUUGUCUUAUUCCACUCUUUUGUUCAUUUCAGUACUAUAAAUAAGCAGUAUACGUAUUUUACAGGAAGAAAUCACGUGAUCAGAAUUCACUGUUUUACAUUAACCAGAGGAAUUGCAAGUGCAAAAAACUUUUUUUUUAUUUUUCCUCAUUGCAAGGGUCUCAAAGGAAUCAUUUCUUUUUGUAUUCCUUUAGUGCCAAAAUGACUAAUUGCCUUUUUGCUGCCAUUAUAGACUUCUAUGCAUUGAAAUUCAUUUACCCCUUCUGAAACGUAUAUUGUCUCACAACAAGCCAAAUUCUUGUGGCAGAAUCGAGGCAUCUCUUUUGAUUAACCAGGCCGCUGAAAGUUGCCUGUGAAGUGCUCGUAAAGCACUCGGUUCUGAUCCGAUGUCUAUUUUAGGCUAAAUUCCACCGAGAGUUCUCUUUCCAGAUCUGUAGAACAAUGAGCUGCAUCCUGGAGACAUGGCACCGCCUCAUUGUUCAGCAUUUAUAUUCUUCAGCGUGAUUUACAAAACUUCUUUAUCCACUACUAAUCUCCAUCUGGUCACAAAUCCCUGUUGUUUUAGUUUUUUUUUUAAAUGAACUUGCAUCCUCUGGCACUGAUUUUCUAUCAUAGGAAAGGUUAGAGCCCUCUGUACUUCUCUGCAGUACUGUAUUGUUAAGCAUUUGUCGGAGUAGAGCUCUUCACCGGUUUCUCUCACACAGGUACUUGAACGUGUGAUGACUUGAAGGAGCAGCAUGCUUUAGUGGCCUUUUUUGUGUUUUGGGGUUUGUUUUUUUUGGAAGGUGACUGGACUUAAAUUGAGCCAGCAGUGAGCCAAAGUCGUCCCCCCCCCCCCCCAUCUCAUCACUCUAUAUACCACAGUGAUUAUAACAAACCUUAAACAACUGAUGCUCUUAUCUUACAGUUCCUUAAACACAUGACAUUUUUGUGUUUAAUUGAAAUUUCAACUAUUUCCACAGUAGAGUUUUUAAUAGCCAAGCUCUAUGAAUACGAAAACAUUUUUUUUUUUAUUGUUCUGUUUUGUAUUCUUUACUUUUCCAGACUAUUUACGAUUACAUUUGUAUUUGUAAUUAUUAUCAGCGCAAUUCCAGACAGUUUUAGGUAAUUGAGCAGAAAAUUAAAACACCCCAAAGCAAAUCUGAAUCUUUUCCUGUAUGUAUUUGUGUCUGCAGUCUGUGAUGUGUCUUUAACCAUCUUGACGUGGGAUUUUUUUUUUUUUAGCAGAAUCCGUUAUUCCCAGUGAUGAGGCUUUGAUUUGCGGCACCAUGUGUUACGAAUGCGGAGUAAAGACAAUUUUCCAGAAGGUUUAGCCUUGUUUAAUUUCCCCGUCUAUCAUUUAAACAUGACGGAUGACGGUAAUUAAAGAGUAAUAGCUAAUGUGGCUGGCAGGAAACACUGGUACACAUCUGGUGAACUGCUAAGUUGAAUAAACCGUCUUAAUUUCAUUUUAUAUCCAAUCGCGCGCUAUGAUUUGUGAAUUGUUUCGUUUCACCGUCUCAUUUGAAGUCUUCAUUUUCAACUCGGUAAGCUGGUGAAAAUAGCCAUAUUGACGAACGCAGCCUUGCUGUACAUAAACUGUAUUUAUUUUCUUGCGUAUAUGUAUAGUAUUCACACACGCACCAAGUGGACAGAGUGUUCGGACAUUUGUACAGCAUCAAAAAAAAAAAACAACGAACAAAUUUUUGUACGGUUUCCAUUUUGUUUCCUUCCAGCUGACAAAAGUAUGUGCAGCUUUGUGGUAUUACUCCCAUGGCCUGUAACUUUAAUGUGAUCGAGUAUGAAUGCAAAAUCAGAGGAUUAUGUGAUUUCAUACAGUGUUAACAAUUUGUUCGGACACUAUUCUCAUUGUUCGCUGGCGCCUUUAUUUUUUUAUAUUUUUUUUUUUGAAGGCUCAGGCUGCUGCUGCUGCUGCUGUUGUGUAAUCUGUCACCAAAGACUUGUGGUAACCGGCAGCCAUAAGGGAAAUGAUUUUCUCCAGCUAUUUUUCAUUUUCUACCAUGAAAUUCUUCCUUCAUAAAGCUAGAACUGGCAUCAUAUAUGAAUGAGACAUUUAUUUUUGAAAAGCUCCUGCAUAAACUUUGAUUAGCAAUAAAAAAAAAUAAAAAAAAACAGCACUUAGAAUCAUGACCGGCCAUGAGCAGUGAUCUUUGCCUGAUUGUGCCUUUUUGAUUCAAUUUGGGCUCGGAAUUUUUUGAUCGUUUCACAUUAAUGAAGAAGGGAAAAGUAUGUUCGAGCGUAACAUGCCACAUAAGCAGCUUCAUAUUCUCUUACGCCGGAGUCUCUCCGAGAGCUCUCGUUUGUUCGGGUUAACAUCUGCAGACUUGCAUGACCACUUCAGACUACUUACUCAUCAGCAUCUGAGAACUUUUUUUCUAUAGAAACAAACAAACAAACAAACAAAAAAACGUUAUGACUUUGCACCCUCCUGUCCACCCUCCUUUCUCCUGUAAUUAACAGACGUUUUUUUAUAGAGAUAAUAAAGAAAAUAGAAUAAUGCCAAUUUUGUAUGAAUGAUUUAUAAGAAAAUGAAUAAAAGUCAUAUUUGAUGGUA